CAUAAUUAUGCCAUGUUCUCUUAUUCAUCAAAAAAAUGAAGCUCAACUUCUCUAUCAUCUCCUUUUACUUACUUCUUGUUUUUUGCUCUCAGUUGCAGACAGUUUUCGCUGAUACGGUUGAGGAUAAACAAAUUCCGCAAGCCGAUGACUUAGGAAGACCAAAACCACAAGUUACUCCAGGUGCGCUUGUUAAUCAUGCUGGCUCUGACUCUUCAUCUUACAAUAUUGACACAACUUUGACCAUUUCUAGAAGUGCAACAAUUGCCACCAGCAUUUCUGCCUCAGAUGUUUCUUCGCACUCCACAACCACAGCCACUUCGAGCACUGGUUCAAAUCAUACUGCUGCAAAAAGUAAUGCUGGCAUUCUAUUGGCUCCAGCAUUAGGGACUGUAUUUAUACUUUUGACAUUAAAUAUUGUUGUUUGUUAGUAAAUUCCUUUAAUAUACACUGCCGAAAUUAC